UUCUCGGCUGGCCCGGCCCUUUCUGGGGCAAAGUCCCCGUCGUGAGGCCCCAAAGUCCCCGGGGCGAGGCCCGGGACAAGGUGCACUCGGAGAGUCGCUCUGUUGGGGAUCCCGGUGGGGAGCCAAUGUAGGGGGGAGAGUGACCGGGCUCAGCAUGGCUGUGCCCCUCCCCCUCCUCCUGCUGGGGGUCUUCGCCAUCCCAGGGGGCUGUUGCCGCCCGCACUCGCUGCGCUAUUUCUACACGGCGGUGUCGGAGCCGGGCCCGGGGCUGCCCCAGUUCACCGUGGUCGGGUACCUGGACGACCAGCUCUUCUUCCAUUUCGACAGCGAGGUGAACCAGGCCCAGCCCCGCGCCCCCUGGAUCCGGGCCGAGGGGCCCGAAUACUGGGAGCGGCAGACCUGGAUCGCCCGGGGCUGGCAGGAGGCCUUCAACGGCAACGUCCGCAUCGCCAUGGAGCGCUACAACCAGAGCCGGGGCCUGCACACCUUCCAGUACGCCUACGGCUGCAAGCUGCCGGCGGACGGGGGCUUCCGGCAGUACGGCUACGACGGGCGGGAUUUCCUCUCCUACGACACCCGCACCCACACCUGGGUGGCCUCCAGCAAGGAGGCCGAGAUCACCAAGGGGAAGAUGGAGGCCGACAGCCACCUGAGCCAGCAGCAGCGGGACUAUCUGGAGCGGAAGUGCGUCGAGUGGCUGCAGAAAUACCUGGACUAUGGGAAGGAGAUGCUGCAGAGGAGAGAGCGCCCGGUUGUGCGAGUCACCGGCAGAGACGCCCCCGGCGGCCUCACCACCCUCUCCUGCCGGGCCCACAGCUUCUACCCCCGGGACAUCGCCGUGAGCUGGCUGCGAAACGGGGGGAGCAGAGAGCAGGAGACGUGGCGAGGGGGGGUCCUGCCCAACGGGGACGGGACCUACCACACCUGGGCCACGGUGGAGAUCGACCCCCGGGAGAGAGGCCUGUACCGCUGCCGUGUGGAGCACGAGAGCCUGGCCGAGCCGCUCGACACUGCGUGGGAGCCCCCGUCCCGCUCUGCCCUGCUCCCGGCGCUGAUUGGGGCCGUCGCGGUCGCUGCCCUGCUCUUCGCUGGGACAGUCGGGUUUGUUCUCUGGAGGAGGCGGCGCCCAGCCAGCAACCGGGACUCCAGCUCCUCUCUGGAAGCCAGCGACAAAGAAUCCAGCAAAGGAUCUACCAGGGGCAGCGACCCCGGGUAUGACACCGGCUCGCAAGGGUCGGAGGCCGUGAUGCAGCCAGGGGGGCACACGGGUGAGGGAGAGACCAGCCGCCCUCCAGAAGCUCAGCAGCUCCUCCCCGGGGGUGUUUCUGUCCCGCUCCACGACGGGGACCCCCCAGCAGGCAUCGUCUGGGCUGGAGUCACUCCUGGGCUCUCUCGGCCUUGGCCGCUGACUGCCCGUGUGACCUGGACCGAACCCCUCACCCUUUCCCUCUGCCUCAGCGCCCAGGCCCUGGGUGCACCGCUCGCUCGCGGGGCGCGGUGGGUUAAGUACCUGGGAUCUGUCAGACUUACAGUGAAAGCUGCUGUGUGGGGCAAGCACCCCUUGAUUUCUGCAGAGCCGCGGGUCUCAACCAGGGGACGCGUACCCCUGGGGUGCGCAGAGACCUGCCAGGCGGUACCUCAACCCUGCUGGAUAUUUCCCCAGUUUUACAACAGGCUGCACAAAAAACACCAGCAAACUCAGUGCAAACCACAAUUUCAUACCAUGACUUGUUUCUGUUGCUCUGCCUAAGGAAAGGUUUCCAUUGCUCUGGGUAGUGUACGCUGACAUGUAAGUGCAAUGUUUAUAGUCCAGUUGACUUAUCUUAUAAUUAUACGGUAAAAACGAGAAAGUCAGCCCCUGUCCAGUGAUCCGACCCCGGGCCAAGCCAUAACCCCGACCCUCGCUGUGACACUUCUGUAGUUUUAUGUCUGAUUUUUAAGUAAGUAUUUUUAAGUGAGGUGAAACUUGGGGUGAAACCUGUGAAACAGGUGAAACCUGUUACAGUGUGUCUGGCAACACCCAUUGUUUCAUGUUCUCUGUGUCUAUAAAUCUCCCCACUGUAUUUUCCACUCUGUGCAUCCGAUGAAGUGGGUUUUAGCCCACCAAAGCUUAUGCCCAAAUAAAUUUGUUAGUCUCUAAGGUG